CCCAUCCUCGACGCCGUCCAGCGGUCCCGUGUGUAUGGGGACGGCAAGGCCUUCGUGGACAUGCCGCUCAAGGUGGCGCCGGGGCAGGCCUUGUCGGCCUUCCGCAGCGUGUACGCGGGCGACAAGGACGAGCUCCGUCAGUUCAUCGAGGCGCACUUCUGUGCAGCAGGCUCCGAUUUGAUGCGGGCGCCGCUACCAAAGGACUGGACGCCGGAAUUUCCACAAAGGGUCGACGCGGACCAUGUCGAGUUGAUGGCGGCCAUUCACGCGAUGUGGCCGAAGUUGCUGAGGGUGUCCCGCGAUGAUUUUCCGGAAAGACGCACACUCAUAGCGAGGCGCUUCCCCUUCGUCGUCCCGGGCGGGCGAUUUCGCGAGGGCUACUACUGGGACAGCUACUGGAUCGUCAAAGGACUACUACGGUCGGGGCUGAAGGAGACGGCAAGAGGUAUAGUGCGCAACUUCUUGGACGACGUGCGCAAUUUCGGCUACGUGCCGAACGGCAACCGGACGUACUACGCGGGCCGGUCGCAGCCGCCCUUACUCGCGGAGAUGGUCUCUCUGCUAGAUGAUGACGCGCUGACGGCGGAGGCGGCGCCGCUUAUUGAGAUUGAAUUAAGCUGGUGGUCCGGGCGCCGCGCGUCCGCCAUCAAAGGCCUCGCGCGCUACGGUUCUGAUAUGAGUGAGCCCCGGCCCGAGUCAUAUUUAGAGGACGUGGCGACGGCCGCGAGGGCCUUCACGCCGAAUCCUGAGGCGGACCUCCGCUCUAUCUUAAAAGAGCGCACGGAGGCCGGCGCGACGAUUUACGGUGAAAUACGGGCGGCGGCGGAGUCGGGCUGGGACUUCUCGAGUCGCUGGUUGAAAGGAGACGGGCUCGAGACGAUCCGGACGCGCGACGUCGUGCCGGUGGACCUCAACGCGUUUUUGUACAAGGCGGAGCGGCGGCUGGCCGCGUUCUACGCGAGGCUCGGGCAACAGGACGACGCGGCGCGCUUCGCGGAGAAAGCGCGGACGCGCCGCGAUCUGAUGAACGCGACGUUCUGGGACCCCGCCCGCAAGCGGUGGCGCGACGUAUUAAAGGAUGGGACGUACGCGUCCCUAGGUCCUUCAUUAUCGGACUACGCGCCGCUCUGGGCGGCCAUCGGGCCGCCCGACGGCGACGUCGAUGGGUUGAUAGAGAACCUGGCGGCGACGGGGCUGGUCCGCGCGUUCGGUGUUCAAGCUACGUGUACGACCACGGGCGAGCAGUGGGACGCGCCGAACGCGUGGCCGCCGCUCGUGGACAUGCUGGUGGAGGGCCUGCUGGGGCUGGACCACGACGGGGCGGCGCAACUGGCGCGGUCGAUCGGCACGGCGUGGCUUGCGUCGGUCAAGGCCGGCUUCGAGGCGAGCGGCGCGUUCUUCGAGAAGUACGACGCGGACGCGCGCGGCAAACGGGGCGCGGGCGGCGAGUACGAACCGCAGGACGGCUUCGGCUGGACGCUCGGCGCCGCGGCGGCGAUGGUGGGGCGGUUCCAUUGUGCCAGUGAUGUGUAAGUUACAGACAUGUUAGGCACGUCACGGGGACGCGGCGAAGGCUCGCUGCAGCGCCGCGCGCUGCGCGAGGCGGCUCCCCUCGCGGAGCGCGCCGGCGGCGAGCGCGGCGAGGCGUUCCGUAGCGCUCCGUUCCUCGAGGAGCGCCUGGAAGGCCGUUGCGUCAGCCAGUUCCAUCUGCCGCAGCGCGUCCGACGCUCGUUCGUCGUUCUCGAGGAUCCGCCGGCGGUCGUCGGGGGGCAGCGUCGUAAUGUCGACGGGCACGGUAAUGGCUCCGCCCUGCCGCACCUUGGCGUCUAUUAAUAAUUCGUCGCGGUCCGCUCGCGCGUCGGCGGCCGCGGUGGCGAGGCGCGUCGCGCAGUAGCGCUGCCAGAGCUCGAGCGCCCUCCAGGAGGUCUCCGCCGUGGCGAGCGUCGCCGCUUCCUCGACGACGCGCUUCUCGUCGCCCUUCAGGCUUCGCGCGAGGAAGGCGAGCGCUGAGGCCGCAUUGUCCGGCGUCGUAUCGGUUGGUUGCUCGUCGUCGUAGGCUUCGAACUCGCCGACGAGGAAUUCGCCGCGGAGCCGCGCGCCAGCAUCGAAGUAGGCGUCGCCGUUGCGGAUCCCGACGAGCCUCCGGCGGCCCACGGCCGUGCACCGUACGCGCAGCGCCCGCGGCGCGUCCCGCGGCCGCGCGAGCACCUGUCCCGUCGCGUCGCGCGUGGCGUUCUCCACGCCGUCGAUGCGCAGCAGCGUCCCGACCUCGGCGCACGACGCCCCGUCCGCGUGUAACAGGCUCGCAACGAAAUAAUCCGCCUCGCGACACAUGCGCACGUUUCGCGGUUCAGUGUUGCGCAGCUCUACGCUGCCACACGGCAUGUACGUCGCGCGCAGCGGGUAGAGCGGGUAGCGCUGCUCGGUAUUUGCUGCGUUGGUUGGCGGUGGCGCGUCGAAGCGCACCCAGCUCAGUGCUCCGCAGCAGCUGAGUGUGAGCGAUGUGAGAAGCAGAGUGCGCGGCAUCUCGCUUCCGCGAGACGACAAAUAACUCCUCCAGACGCCAGCAGUGCCAGCAGAGUGCAGGAGCUCAACACCUUGUGUGCUGCUUGCGAGUCGAAAUUACCGCGGUAUUGGAUCGAUGCGAUUCUAUGCGCUGCGAUUGCGCUCGAGCACUGCGCUCAGGCUGCCGUAGCCGCUGCUUUGGCUGCCUCGGAGUAGUACAGAGCUAGCGGAAGCAAGACACUAGCACGAACCAGGUCGUGCGGCGCCGCGAGGGCCUUACGAGCCUAGCAACUUGUCUUGAGAGGAGGCAGAGGUACGCCAGGACCCCCAAGACAGCCUCCGCACGGCUGCGCGGCCAGCGCGCACGCUAGCGCGACAAAAAAAGGCCGAAUGGCGGCCGCCGAGUCGACCGCGCGCACGGUCGCGCUCCACCCCCUGGCCAUCGUCGGCGUCUCGGACCAUUUUACAAGAGUGAGCGUCGGCGGGUCGCGCCAGGGCGCGGGCUCGCCCGUCGUCGGCCUGCUUUUUGGGAUGCAGCGCGGAUUGGAAGUAGACGUCGUCGACGCUAUCGAGGUGCACCUGACGGAGGCCACAAAGGUCGACGCGCAGUUCCUCGAGCAGUCCAAGGCGCUCUAUACCGAAGUGUAUGAGGAUCGAGACCUCGUCGGAUGGUACGCGGUCGCGCCGGCACCUACUGCGAACCACCUAGCGCUCCACGAGGAGUUCGUCAAGUACAACGAGAGCCCCCUCUUUUUACUGAUGGACCCGCAGCCGCAACAGGACGCCAAGGACCUGCCCAUCCAGGUCUACGAGACCGAGGUCCACGACCUGAAGACCGUGUUUGCGACCGUGCCCUUCCAGCUCGAAACCACCCAAACCGAGCGCGUCGCCAUGGAGGCCGUCGCGCAGACGGGGUGUACGGAUCGGGAACUGAUGCUCGACACGCACGUCGCCUCGCUGGACACGUCCCUGAAGACGCUGGCGGCGCGCGUGCGGGCUUUACGGGAUUAUCUCGCCGCGGUCCGCGCCGGCACCGUCGCCGCCGACCAUUCUCUCCUCAGAAAGCUCGGCGCGCUCUGCGACCGCCUGCCUUCGUUAAAAUCGGACGGCGCCUUCGAGGAGGCCUUCCUGCGCGACUACAACGACGCGCUCGCCACGGCCUUCCUCGCGACGGCGACGAAGAACGCCGCCGCGGUGAACGACCUCUCGGACAAGUUCGUGCUCGUGAACGCGCGGGGCUCGAAGCUCGUGUAG